AUGAAUCCAUCGUCAGCCCGUUCCGUUGAGGCUGAAGUGGAAAAUGCUAGGCGAAUGCAUCAACGUGUAAACUGGCAAUUUAUCGAUAUGGCGUGGCUUGUCAGUCAUGCAGGUGUUGAGGCUUGUUGCCGUGCUGUUUUCCACGUGAAAGUCGUUGGCGGUAACGGACAUGAGUAUCACUUCAAGCACAGGACUUUGCCACAUGCUCGUUCAAGGAGGAGUAUAGCACAUACCAGAAUUUUGAAAAGUCAUCCAUUGGUACAUUUUGCUGUUCAACAACCAGGAUUUAAGCGUGUAAAACGUGGAUUACGUCCGGCUGUGCCAGCCAUACAUGGUUUAGAUUUGGAAAAGACUUUUGGUGAGCAGUCUAUUGAAGUUGGUGUGGAGCCCACAGAUCCAUACUUUCCAUUACAAUGGUAUUUGAAAAAUACUGGUCAAAAUGGAGGUAAAGUUCGUUUAGAUUUGAACGUACAGGCGGCAUGGGAUCAAGGCAUAACUGGGAAGAAUGUGACUACAGCAAUAAUGGAUGAUGGUGUGGAUUAUAUGCAUCCGGAUUUGAAAUUUAAUUAUAAUGCCGAGGCCAGCUAUGACUUCAGCAGCAACGAUCCAUUCCCUUACCCACGAUACACCGACGACUGGUUCAAUAGUCAUGGAACGCGUUGUGCGGGUGAAGUAGCUGCGGCUAGAGAUAAUGGAAUUUGUGGCGUUGGCGUUGCUUAUGACAGCAAAGUUGCAGGUAUACGCAUGUUGGACCAACCUUAUAUGACCGAUUUAAUUGAGGCCAAUUCCAUGGGUCAUGAGCCACAUAAAAUCCAUAUUUACAGUGCUUCCUGGGGACCAACUGACGAUGGUAAAACUGUAGAUGGGCCACGAAAUGCUACAAUGCGAGCCAUUGUUCAGGGUGUGAAUGAGGGACGUAAUGGUUUAGGCAACAUUUAUGUAUGGGCAAGUGGUGACGGCGGUGAGGAGGAUGAUUGCAAUUGUGAUGGUUAUGCAGCUUCCAUGUGGACAAUUUCUAUUAACAGCGCCAUAAAUGAUGGACAGAACGCACAUUAUGAUGAAAGUUGUAGUUCAACAUUAGCAAGUACGUUCAGCAAUGGUGCAAAGGAUCCCAAUACUGGUGUGGCGACAACAGAUUUGUAUGGUAAAUGUACAACCACUCAUUCUGGUACGAGUGCGGCGGCACCAGAAGCAGCAGGCGUCUUUGCUUUAGCUUUGGAAGCAAAUUCCCAAUUAACAUGGCGCGAUAUUCAACACUUGACAGUUCUGACAUCAAAACGAAAUUCAUUGUUUGAUGCCAAAAAUCGGUUCCACUGGACAAUGAAUGGUGUUGGCUUAGAGUUCAAUCAUCUUUUUGGUUUCGGUGUAUUGGAUGCUGGUGCUAUGGUAACCUUAGCUAAGCAAUGGCAUACAGUACCUGCACGUUAUCAUUGUGAAGCUGGUGAAAUAUCUGAUCCACGUGCCAUUUUGUCAGGACGUUCAUUAUUUUUAGAAAUUAAAACUGAUGCGUGCAAAGGUACAGAAACUGAGGUCAACUAUUUGGAACAUGUACAAGCAGUGAUAACAGCAAACGCAUCUAGACGUGGUGAUUUAGAAUUAUUCUUAACCUCUCCCAUGGGUACCAGAUCAAUGAUACUAUCACGUCGUGCUAAUGAUGAUGAUCAUCGUGAUGGCUUUACAAAGUGGCCGUUUAUGACAACACACUCCUGGGGAGAAUAUCCACAUGGAACUUGGAAGCUUGAAGCACGUUUUAAUUCACCGCAACCUCGUUCUGGCUGGCUUAUUGAAUGGUCACUUGUACUUCACGGCACCAAAGAAGCUCCAUAUCGCACUCUCUCACCUUCUUCUCCACAUUCAAAGUUGGCGAUUGUAAAAAAGGCACAUGAGGACAAAAAAAUGAAGUAAAAUGCAAAAAUCAAUCCAACUCCAUCCUAUAAAAAAAUGUAUAUCAAAAUUGACAUCGGCUGUAGAGACUGGAAUAUGCGUUGAGAACAAGAAGUGCCACUGGACGAAGUAGAAAGUGAAUUUCAACUGAGAUUUUUAAGAUUUUUGGUUUUAUUUAUUAUUUUAAGAUAUUGGUUAGUUGAGUUACCUUUACAGCUCAAAGUACAAAAUUAUUUAAAAAAAUAUAUUAUAUUGAGUUAGA